AUCUAUGAGGCUGUACGGUGGGAUAGGAGCGGCGUGGAGGCUGAAUGCGUCGGAAACUGGAUGCUCAUCGUGAUAGCAGUUUCCUUUCGCCUGUAAUUAUAAUAUGAAAAUUGUCUAUUGUAUCCAACGGAAUAAACACCCAUUUUAGUUUGAUGACAAGACAUGGAAAAAUGUUUUGUUUUUCUCUGUUCAUGCUUAGUUGUCAUAGCAGGCCCAAUACAUUUGGCAAAUAAGUCACAGCUUAGCCUAUUGCUGGACGUUGCGACGUUAACCGGCAGCAGCCGAACGGCGAAAAUCGAUUUGAACGAUACAACCCGCGUGAAGCGCUCAUCCGAUACCGAAUACGAUUACUACAAAGACGUGGAAUAUUACAACUACUACGGCGUAGAAGAUCCGUACUACGACGAGAAGAAGGCAGAACAGGCUGAAUUCAACUUCGAGAAGAGCCUGGACACCAAGACCCAGGUGCUGAUCGUGGUAUCAAUCGUGGGCCUGCUGCUGCUCUUCUGCAUCUGGCAGGUGUGCUGCUACCCGGCCAUCCGACUGUGCAGCUGGUACUGUACCUACUGGGGCACCCUCAUCAGGAUGGCGGUGGAUUCGUGCCGCGGCAUCGACCCCCGCCUCUGCGUCUUUCUGGCAGGUUACCGUAUGAUGGAGAAGAUGGUGACCUCGAUGGGGUUCGCCAUGCCUUCGUACAGCGAGUGGAAACAGUGGAUGGCCGCCUACGAAGAUAUGAUGCUGCAGAUGGCCGAGGGCCAGUGUGAAGGCAUCACGGACAUGGUGAAGGGCUUCAAGAGCGCCAUGGGGCCGAUGAAGCAAAUGAUGGGCCAGGGCAUGGACCAGAUGGGUAACGUAGGUGCCAUCAUGGGUGGCAUCGGCGACGGGCUGGCCGACUACGCCAGCGGCAUGCCCAUGGGCGGCAUCAUGUUCUAGCUGUUCCGACGUCGCAGCCGCCUGCACCUGCACGAAGCGGGAGCCAUGGCCUCAGGAAACGCCGUGAAGAUGUUGUUCCUGUUCCCGUCGGCUGUUUUUGUAUCAUGGGUCUUGCAACUUUUCAA